AUGGCUUCGGCAGGGUACGAUGAAAAAACACAAGAACUAAGCUUACAAUUUAAGUCUCUCGGAGAACAAAACGAUGCUCAAAAAUCGAGCGGGCAUGAACAAAUGGUCUGCUUUUACUUUCUAACAAAACUUUUAAAAUAUCUACUAAAAGAUACGGAAAACGACAUACUUUUUAGACCAUAUGGAAGCGUUGCGGAAGAUGUAAAGUGCAUUGAGCCAGAUGAUGUGGGAGAUGUGGAUAUUGUGAUAUAUCCUGAUUCAAAUAAUUUGAUGAUCCAUAAGGAAUUGAUCGAAUAUUUACCCGAGAAUCCAAUGCACGUCAGAAUCAAAGGAGUAGAUCACCCCGUUCUAAAGUCCUGCCUUGUAGAAGACAAAGAGUACGUGGCCACCUCAGUGUUAAAAACGUUCCAUCCGGCAAUUUAUGGGCGCUCAGUGUCUAACGUAUUGAAUAAAAUCAUCUUUGCUAUUGCUGGGCCACUGAUGAUGAUGAUGACACCAGAACCGUCAUCUCUUCUAGAAAGCACCUACCAAUUAAAAAACAAGGAAGCCAGUCCUGCUUUAACUUUCAGUUUUUCCCGUCCGUUAAACAGACAACCGAAUAACACGUUUCAUGUUUACAGAGAAGGACUAAAAAGGAUGGCACACGGCUAUUGUAAACUUACAGGAACGGAAGAGCUUGCCAAGGUUAUUAACGAUUUUACUCAGCUUACUAAUGAAUUAUAUAUGUAUUUUGAUAGCAAACGUCCAAUCACUAUUUCAGAAAUACUGCCGGGUUUUCUUGAGUUAUAUCAGAGGUACAGAGCAAAAAUUCAUCAAGCUCGGUUUCGAAGCGUUUCUAAGAGUCAACCACAUCAUUAUAAAACCCAGAGAAAUAAGGAUGUAAAAGACGAGCAACAAAGUAGAGAAAAAAACGCAAACUUGUUUCAGAGGAUAUUUUUAUCUUGCGAUGGCAAGAAAGCUCAAUUAAAUACUGGAGAGUUUAAUACCGACAUGAGGAAUCGCUCGACUGGAAACCCUGACGCGUUGGACGACAGAAGCGAGACGAAAAGCAAUGGAGACCUCGUUGAAAGCCAUAUUUUGUCUCAGAAAGAACAGUUAUUCACAAUGCAGACGGGAGAAAGUCCGUCUUAUGACUCACAGCGGAAAAAGGCACCUGGAAAGCCAAUACUGAACCUCUUUUUCGCUCCCGUGAUUGCGGGAUCCAUAACUGAAGCAAGAGAGGAUUCCUUUAAGGAAGCCGCUAACGUUACAGACUUCGAAAAGUCUUCGGAUCAUGCGAAAGGUGGAGUCGACAUUGUUCCAGCAUUUAAAGCUCCAGGAUGGCCCAUUGUUGCGCAAGAAUGGAUCAGAAGAGAACGCAAGUGGCCUUCUCAAAAGGUAAUCGACCAAAUUCUCCAGCAGGGUUUUCAUCUGGUUGUAAAAGCUCCAAAGAAUGGUGGCAAUCUAGAAUGCGAUUUCAGAAUAUCUUUUGCAAAUGCAGAAUUCCUGUUAAGCAGAGAGUUAAACGAAGUCCAGCGUGAGUGUUACCGCUGCCUAAAAAAAUUUCAUCGAGCCUAUCUUUCCACAAAACCCAAGAGUUUGGUGUCGUUUCACCUGAAGAACCUCUUUCUGCAAACAGUUGAAGAGACUGGUACUGAAAUUUGGACGCAAAGCAACAGAGUAGAGUGCAUGAUGAAGUUGUUUCGAAACCUUCUGAAAGCUCUAAGAAAGAGAGAUUUGCGACACUUCUUUGUGAGAUCUUACAACCUGUUCAGUGUAGACUACAUCGAAGACCUCAAUAUUCUGGAGCCCUUGGUUGAAAUAUGUGAGAAGAUCAAUGAAAAUCCGAUGCAGUUUGUGAGAAAAUUGACUCAGAGACAAAAUUCCGAACAGACGAAAAAAGAACAAAACUGCAUGCCAGCUUUCACUACACAAGGUCAAAGUGAUGUCCAUCAAGAAGUUUCCUGCAAAGGCACCAAGAAAGAAUUUAAAGAAGCAAUAAAUCAAGAGAGUAGUUUGAUUACUAGUUUCCGUUAUCACGACCUAAAAGACAUUUUUCUGUCUACUAGCAAGGAGAUGACUAAUUUGGCUUUUAAAGACCCUCAUUGCAAUCUCCAAAGUCUUCAUUCUCUGGAGAAGUCCAUAAUAGAAGAUCUGCGAGAAAUUGAAAAGUACCAUAUCAUUCAAGUUUCUGACUUCCCUAAAGUGUUUGACAUCUGCUGGGACACAGCUUACUUCAAAAUUCGGAUGAGCGAAGAACCGAACAUUAGGAGUUGUAUCCUUGAUGGGAUUAAGAGCGUCCUCGAAUGGUGCAAGUAUGUACUAAAGCGAGAGGACUUUGCAACUGGAAAUAAAGAAGCUAUCAUUCAACGAAUACUUGAUCCUUCUUCCGAGGAUUUUUUCGACUCUUUCAUCCUCACCUUCCCUGCUAGUUCACGGUUACGAUUCAUCCCUCUCAUUCGAAGAAUUUUUCGUGGUGGGAAGGUUACGCUCCGACUUAGGCCGGCUCGGGCUUCAAAGGUUAUACAGGAGGACAUUCCAUUAGACUGACGUCAUCACCUUGUUAUGUAAAUUAAGCAGACGUACUCAACAAAUGAAGCUAAAAGAAAAGUAAGAUAAAGUGACUAAAGUGGAUGUCAACGAGUUGCUUAUAUACUACGAUUUACUAAGAUUCCUCAAACAAACCUGACAGUAGCAGUUAUUUAUUGUGAAUGUUUAAGGAGGCCAUUGUCAUUAUAGCUUCUUCAGGUACUAAGUGGGUCAAAAAUCCUUAAAACUAUUCACUACAGAAGAAAAAAUAUUUUCAAAAUGAGCUUUUUCGUAGAAAAUAUACUCAAGAAAAGGCCAUGUACUCUAGUCCCUUAAGUUUUGGGCGGUUCAAGUUGGAGGGGAGGCGGGGCGGUCUGUACACAGGUUACCCGCUGGUCAAAGGCCUGACGAUGCUGGGUAGAAAUAGUUGACGCAACUGUAUUAAUGAUGCAAAAGGAUGCUUCUACAAAAGUCUCAGAAGUUUUAAGUGAAGAUAUUAGUUCAGAACUUAUAUCAUCUUACUUGUUUUUUCCCUUAAUAGAGACAUUUCUGAGUUAGUGACCAAAUGAUGAGCUUGAAUAGCCAGCAGUGCGCAGGUGCGCCAAAUAGAUCUCGAAUGAUUUACUGUUUUGAUCGUCACAGGAACUGUAAUAUGAAGAGUGACUAAGUGCAUACAAUAAAUCAUUGAAAACAGGAUUGAAUGAAUAAGAAGUAAGGAGACUGUAUUGCUCUAAAGUCCACUCUAUGCGGCGACUGUGAGGAGAGAGUCUCUUUCAGGUUGUCUAAUUUUUUUAUUAGAGUUAGUAUUGCCAUUUAUGUUGUGGAUAAAACCACGUACAGAAAUUUUCAAGUUGCUGGAACAAACAUUAGAAUUAGUCGUGUAACGAGAGAAUACUAUUCCUUUUGCCCGCAUUGAAACUAAAAACAUAGAACAUUAUAGAACCCUCCAAGACGGAACCUAAAGGGCUUUACUGAAACAUAUUCCUCACAGGCUUUUGAAGGUUUUAAAUUGCUCUUCCAUCGUUUCUGGCUUCGAAAACCCGGGGGGUUAUUUGAGUAAGUGUUUGCUGGUUAUGUGCCGCUAGUCUCUCACAAGCUCUACCCCAUUAUAGCCAAUUCUGUGGCCAAUUAUACACCCCGUAUCUGUCACUGUUGGGUAAACAUAAUUUUCGCGAUCCCAAAUUAGUCACUUUCUGUUUGUGCAUCUACCUUAUAAAGCCUUUUAUCAAGGUCAUCCUGAAAUAAAUUGUCGCAUUUGUUAGUAAUGUGGUAAAAAUCCUCACGGUUUGAAAGCCCUAAUUACCGGAAUAUUCUUGCCUCCAAAAUCCCGAAAAUGAGCGAUCCCAUUCUAGUAACGAUAUGGAAAAUGCAAUCCAAUAGUCAAUCCAGUCGUAAAAAUGCGACUCCAUUCAGCGGCACAUCCCCAUUAGCCUAUUACUAGGUGCCCCCCCCGGCUUCGAAAACAGAUUGCGAUCUCUGAUAUGCGUUACAUUCUUCGAAAAUGCAUGACGUUUUCUUUUUUCUGUCAACAUCACGCUUGAUUGGCCGAGCGAUUAUUAACAAACCCGGAAAUAUGCUAAGAAAUUAAACCGGAAGUUCCAGUUCUUAGAAAUUUCCCUCUUUUAGUAAUAAUAAUAAUAAUAAUAAUAAUAAUACACUUUAUUUAAAGAGGGUAGCACGGAAUAGUUACAGAAACUAGUAAACUUGUGGCCCUCUAUCUAAAUUAAAAUCACAAAAAACAUGAGAUUCCGAAUAUACAAAGUCUAAGUACAAAAUAAAUAAAACUAAGGAAAUAUAGAAGUUCUACAUCAACAUGAAUGAGCAUAAGAGCUAAUGAUAUGGCUAGUGAAAUAUAUACCAGAAUAUGAUUAAACUAUGAAAUAGUGUAAUUCCUGCUGCUCUUGAAAUAAGAUAUUUCGAUAAUUAUUCUUAAAGGAUUCUAGUGAUACUGUAUUUCUAAGUUCUAGACUUAAGCUGUUCCAGUGUUGGCAAGUAGAAACUGCGAACGUCCUACUGCCCUCGGUCACCCGGUUGAAUUUUGGGCAAAUAAAAUUUAUAUCACUAUAUCUAGUACACGACUAUGUUGCUGACUGUUGAGUCUACAGCUGAGCGCCUAAAUUUUUGACAGGUCGAAAAUUUCGUCUGGUGCCUUAUAGAAGUGAGCCUCUAAGGUGCGCGCGCAUGGUGGGUUAGACCAUAAUAUAAAUACCUUCGCUACCUAAUUUUCCCAGAGACUUGUAAAUCAGGUAUUGAUCCUGUGUUUUUGCAUCUUUUUGGGUGCCUUUCGCUGCCAUUGUGAAAAGCAUACAUGCUAAACAGAGUGAAACUCUUAAGAAUCUACAACCACUAGUGGCGUCUAGUGUCAAGCUUUUUAAUAGUCUACAGUGGUUUCCUUUUUAUGAAGAAGUGAAAAUAGCUAAAUGUCGUGUGGCAUACAAACGCAUCAAGGGUGAAGUUCCCUUAUAUAUUGAAGACUCCUUAACCGUUCACACCAAGAGAGUAUAAUUAGCUCACGCGAACACGUUGACCGUAGAAACAAUAACACGCCUAGCCGUUCAGAAAUUUUCACGCCAAACUCAAAGUCAAAUUUAGAAUCGCUAGGGUCGGAAAUUGGACAGGCGUGCUGUUAACACCAUAACCUUCGAACUUAUUGAACGGCAAAGGCGUGGUUGCAUGACUACGUGGCAACUCAGCUGGGAGACGCCAGUUUGUAUUUGCUAAAGCAACGAUCUACGCAUGGCUUUAAGCCCCAAUAUCCACAUACAAAUUCUCCAAACUGAUCUCCAUACAUUUCCUUACAGAAUUAGUUUGGAGAAUUUGUCCAAGGAUCAAAGCAUUUUCCCUAAGGUGAUCAUUUUAUAUAUUCUCAUAAACUUUUCUUUUAAUUAUGUUUGGAUAUUUUUGGGAGAAAAUUAAUGUUGGUCACGUACUCUUAAGACUUUUAAAAGGGUUAAACGCCUGCCACUCCUGAAGACUGUAACCCACCACGAGUCUUCAGCUCCGAUCUGUAGCCGGCUUGGAAAUAAAAUCUUGUCACCACCAAAAAAAUAUCGUGUGUUUGAGAGAAAGAUAUCGAUAAAGAGGUAACAUGACUCCAGGGGUUAUUCAUCGGAAUAUUCUUUCAAAAAGGGAAUAUUUUAGGUUCAUUGCAUAAAUAACAUUUCUAACCUAUCCUAUAUUUUCUAUCAAUGACGAAACGAUUAAACAAUUUUCAUUUUUUAAAAUGGAAACAUCAUUAACAACCCGAUAAGCCAAUAGCCUGCGAAAACAUCCUCGCUCUUCGCCACUGGGGACGUUUCCCAGGGGCGUAGAGGGAGGAGAAACGGAUGUUUUCGCAGGCUAACAAGCCAAAGGAUAGUUUUGCUUAAAAAAAAUUGUCUUAGAAACUGAAACUUCGAAUCCCUUGAAAUUGUCUAUUUUAGAGGCCCAGAAAACUCAGCACACUCGUCCACGCGAUAGUUUGAACGAUAUAAUGGCUUCGGCAGGAUACGAUGAAAAAACACAGGAACUAAGCUUACAAUUUGAAUCUCUCGGAGAACAAAACGAUGCUCAAAAAAGGAGGGUGAAUGACCAAAUGGUCGUGUUUUACUUUCUAAAGCAAUUUUACAAAGGUCUAGUAAAAGAUACGGAAAACGGCAUACUUUUUCGACCAUAUGGAAGCGUUGCUGAAGGUUUAAAGUGCAUUGAGCCAGAUGAUGUGGGAGAUGUGGAUAUUGUGAUAUAUCCUGAUUCAAGUAAUUUGAUGAUCCAUGAGGAAUUGAUCGAAUAUUUACCGGAGAAUCCAAUGCACGUCAGAAUCAAAGGAGCAGAUCACCCCGUUCUAAAGUCCUGCCUUGUAGAAGACACAGAGUACGUGGCCACCUCAGUGUUAAAAACGUUCCAUCCGGCAAUUUAUGGGUGUUCAAUGACUAGCGUAGUGGAUAUGAUCAUCUUUGCUACCGCUGGGCCACUGAUGAUGAUGGCGACACCAGAAUUCGAACCGUCAUCUCUUCUACAAAGCACCUACCAAUUAAAAAACAAGGAAGCCAGUCCUGCUUUAACUUUCAGUUUUUCCCGGCCGUUAAACAGACAACCGAAUAACUUGUUUCGUGUUUACAAAGAAGGAUUAAAAAGUAUGGCACACAGCUUUUGUAAACUUACAGGAACGGAAGAGCAUGCCAAGGUUAUUAACGAUAUUAGUCAGCUUACUAAUGAAUUAUACAUGUAUCUUGAUAGCAAACGUCUAAUCACUUCUUCGGAAAUACUGCCGGGUUUCCUUGAGCUAUAUCAGAGCUACAGGGCAAAAACCCUUCAAGCACGGUUUCAAAGUAUUUCUAAGAGUCAACCGUAUGAUUAUAAAACCCAGACAAAGAAGGAAGUAAAAGGCGAGCAACAAAGUAGAGAAAAAAACGCAAACUUGUUUCAGAGGACAUUUUUAUCCUGUGAUGGCAAGAAAGCUCAUACAAAUACUGGAGAGUUUAAUUCCGACCUGAGGAAUCGCUCGACGGGAAACCCUGACGUGUUGGACGACAGAAGCGAGACAAAAAACAGUGGAGACCUCGUUGAAAGCCAUAUUUUGUCUCAGAAAGAACAGCUAUUUGUAAUGCAGAAGGAAGAAAGUCCCUCCCAUGACUCACAGCGGAAGAAGGCACGUGGAAAGCGAAUACUGAACCCUUUUUUCGAUCCCGUGAUUGCGGAAUCCAUAACUGAAGCAAGAGAGGAUGCCAUUAAGGAAGCCGAGAACGUCACAGACUUUGAAAAGUCUUUGGAUCAUGCGGAAGGUGGUGUCGACAUUGUUCCAGCAUUUAAAGCUCCAGGAUGGCCCAUGGUUGCGCAAGAAUGGAUAGGAAGAAAACGCAAGUGGCCUUCUCAAAAGGUAAUCGACCAAAUUCUCCAGGAGGGUUUUCAUCUGGUUGUAAAAGCGCCAAAGAAUGGUGGCAAUCUAGAACGCGAUUUCAGAAUAUCUUUUGCAAAUGCAGAGUUCCUGUUAAGCAGAGAGUUAAAUGAAGUCCAGCGCGAGUGUUACCGCUGCCUAAAAAAAUUUCAUCGAGCUUAUCUUUCCACAAAACCCAAGAGUUUGGUGUCGUUUCACCUGAAGAACCUCUUUCUGCAAACAGUUGAAGAGACUGGUGCUGAAAUUUGGACGCAAAACAACAGAGUAGAGUGCAUGAUGAAGUUGUUUCGAAACCUUUUGGAAGCUCUAAGAAACUCUCUAAACGCUGUGAAGAAACACUCUAGAAUGUUGGACAAGUCACAUCUGAUGUAGCUUCUGGAGUUAUAAGACCUCGGGAACCAACUUUAUACACUCUUCUAGUUACUUUUAGGCAUGCAGUUUGUGACAAAAUUGACCCAGAGACAAAAUUCCGAACAGACGAAAAAAGAACAAAACUGCAUUCCAGCUCUCACUACCAAAGGUCAAAGUGAUGUCCAUGAAGAAGUU